AUGAAGAUCCAGACAAAGGCUGCCGGUGUCCUCGAGCGUACCUCGCAUUACCUCAAGGCAGGUGUCAUCAAGAACAAACCUUCCUGGUACAAUGCCGUGGCUGCAGUUCCUCCAGUGGUGGAUUUGACCAAGAAACCAAUCAAUCUCCAACAACGUCAAGCUGCAGACCCAGCCUCCCAGCUCUACACCAACCAAAAUGGCAUUUUCAAGACUCGUGCCAACAAGGUAGAGAGAAAGCAAAAAAACAAUUCCGUGUCGCGCAUCCCUAAGCUUGAAUUCUUGGAGGAUCAGUUGAGAGACGUUUUCUACCAUCAGCAUCCAUGGGAAUUGGCCAGACCAAAAGUUUUGGUGGAAAAUAGCGGAGACGAUAUGGCCAAGUGUGACUGGUCGCACAUGCUCCAGCUCGCCAAGCCGUUGGAUGGAGAAUCCGUUGUUCAGAGAACAUUGUAUCUUUUGCAAGAAGCUAAGAGUUUGGCCAAGGAAAAGACUCUUUUCGAGGCUUACGACCAGGCCAGAUUUGAGUUCUAUCAGUUGCGUAUGGCCCAGGAGAUGGAGUCUGCAGUGGCACGUGAGGAGCUGACGAUGUUCGGUGCCAUUUACUCAUCUACAAAUGUUGAAUGGGGAUUAAAGAAGGAACAAGAGUUCAUUGACGUGUGGGUUAAGGUGGGAGAGGAGAGAACUAAGGUGCGUGAGGCAUCCAGAAGCAAAACCUCUGCUAGUGUGGGAGAUGAGGCUGCUGAGACUGGAGGAUCGAUCUGGGAGACGAGUUUUACUGCUGAGGUUGAAGAGGAGAAGUAG